AUGGCAUCUCAAAGAACAAUCAAAACUAUAUUACCCGCUAUCGAACAAGCUGAAGGUGUGGGGGCUCGAGUCAGAAGAAGCAUUGGCAACAUGAACAUGAGGAACUUUUCUCCCUUCUUGAUGUUUGACCAUUUCUCUUCGAACGGCAAGGGUGGGUUCCCAGAACACCCUCACUUGGGCCAGGAAACCAUUACCUUGAUGAUGAAAGGUGCAUUUGCUCAUGAAGACUUUACUGGAUCCAAGGGUGUGUUGAGAGAGAACGAUCUUCAGUUUAUGACUGCUGGAAGGGGUACUGUGCAUUCAGAAAUGCCUGUUAUUCAUCCAGACGGCUCUGCCAAUGUGGGAUUGCAAUUGUGGGUGGAUUUGCCUGAGAAGCUUAAGGAAGUCGAGCCUAGGUAUAGAGACUUGAAGGAAUGGGAGGUGCCUGAGGUGACUGACCAGGAUGGUAAGGUUACAGUGAGAGUGAUUUCUGGUGAAUCCUUGGGCGUCAAGCUGGAGAAGGAUUUGGCCUACACGCCGGUGAACUACUACCAUUACAAGAUGAAGCCAGGCUCGCUGUUUACCCAGGCAGUGCCUAAAGACUUCAACUUCUUCUUGUAUUUGAUGCAAGGAGGCACUUUAAAGCUUCACGAUGGAUCCCAGGCUAAGGAGUUUGACAAUGUGUUUUUCAAUGCUGACGGUGAUACCAUUCUGGCUGAGUACCCUGAAUCCAACACCAAAGAAGCCGAGUUUGUGCUUGUGGGAGGUCAGGUAUUGGACCAGCCAGUCGUUCAGCACGGUCCGUUCGUUGCCACUAGCAGAGACAGAAUCGUCCAGGCAUUCACAGACUACCAGUACGCCAGAAACGGGUUCGAAAGGCUCAAGUCCUGGAACACUCUCAUUUCUGGUGGUGUCACUGAAGACAUGAUCAACAACGAGUUGGGCGGCAGCUUGGAGGCCCGUGCGGCCGAAAAGAGAAAGUUCUUGGGCACCAAGGACGAGCUUUAA